AUGGCAGAUCCAGAGCCGGAGUAUUUAACGGCCAGGGAUCUUGACAAGAUCCUGGACCACAGGCUGGCAAAGUUCAAGCGCGAGAUCAAGUCCGAGAUCAUGAGGGAAACUGUGGACCUGAUCCAGCAAGCCGUGGCAGCACAGAGUCUACGCGAAACACAGUUGGAAAUCACGAAGCUCACCAAGGACAUCGUCACGCCAUUGACUCUGGAUUUUUUGGAGCCCGACGCUGCCUUGGCUCUGGCAACGGCAUUGGAGAACGACCUCUCACACCUUGGAGAUCAACUUUUCCUGCCCUGCAUCGACCAAGGCUUUGGAAGUGAGGCCUGUGCAGAUAGGGCUGCGGCCGGCACACCGGUCAUGUUGCAGUCGCUGAUGUCCGUGCAUGUGGCGCUCUUUGCUGGGAUGCUGGGCUUCCUUGCCAAGAAGUUAGAGCAGCUCAAGGAUCACCUUUUUGUGGCGGCCGACCCCAGGCUUGAACCCUUGGCGGACCAGACUUUGGUGGACGUCUUCCACCGCGCAGGCUGUCCGAAUCCGAACCCUUCCUCGGCACUCCUGGAUGCACUCAAAAUGUCUCCUACUGAGAGUGACUUACUUCAGCUGAUCGACUCUUACUGCCAUGCAGACGCUACCAGCCCCUCACUGGUCCAAGACUGUUGUGGCUUUGGCCAGACUGCCUGCCAAAGGACUUGCGAAUCGCCAAAGCUUCGCCUGGAGGUUUCCUAUGCCUUGGAGGUGAUAUCGGAAGCUGUAUUUCAACACCCGCGACAAGUUCAUCUACAAGCGGCUGGACAAGGUCAAGGGCGACAAGGACGAGUUCUUCCCCAUCCCAGAGCAUGUCGAUGGUGA